AUGGGUUCCCAUGGCAGCUGCCUGGGGCGCGGAGCCAGGGCAGCCCGGCCCAAGCGAGGGGGCGGCGGGGAGCUGCCCCGGGACACGCCGCCCGGCUCGGCCACAGCAACUAUGAGUUUUGGAACCAUGGAUGUGUAUUUGAAUGAGAUAGAAAACAAUCUGCAGAGUAUUUUGUACAGCGAAGAGGAGGAUCAGGAGAAUGAAACCUGGAAGAUGUACAUGGAGAGGAAGAACAUUGUGCUGGAGUUCCUGCAUGCUGACUUGAGUCUCCACCUGCUGAAACGCCACCAUAAGCGAAUUGAGCUUCUGAAAAAGUGCUCUUAUUACAUUGAAAUUCUGCCCAAGCAUUUGGCACUGGGAGACCAGAACCACCUCAUGCUGCCCACCACAAUGUUCCAGCUGAUUGACCCCUGGAGAUUCCAGAGGAUGAAGAAGGUGGGAACAGUCCAAACCAAAAUCCAGUUGUUGCUCUUAACUGACCUGUUAGAACAAUUGGAACAGGGGCGGGAGGAGCUGGUCCACUUCCUGGAGACCUAUGACAUGGUAACAUUCCUCGCCAAGUGGGACUUAGUCAAGCAAAAGCUGUCAAAUCUGUCUGAGCUGAUGGAUAAUUUCCUUGCCAUGCUAGUGCCUGGAAGGUUGUAUGUCAAGCAUCGUCUGGUGUCGGAUGUUGGGGCUACCAAAAUCCCACACAUUAGGCUUGUUCUGAGUACCAAGAUGCCAGUGAUGUUUGAUCGAAAGGAAUCAGUGGCACAUGAGGACUGGGUGAGCCUCAAGUGGUUUAUCACAAGUCAACAGUCACAGCCUGAACAGUAUGAACUCAGGUUUAAGCUAUUGGAGCCCCGAGCCCAGCAAGAGCGGAUCCAGUGUGGAAUAAUGCCGGUCACGUCCAACAUGUGUGAAAUCCGGAACCUGCUGUCUGACAGAUCCUAUAGAUUCACAGUUAAAAGGGCAGAGGCAUACACACUUGUCUAUGAACAGUGGCGUGAUACCAUCACAUUGAAGACAAAACCUUAUCCUGAUGAAGACAUGGAGAGCACCAUGUGCGAACCCUGAUGGAUGAAGCAGCAGAUGAGAAUUUUCUAAUUUUAUCAAUUCAAAGAAGUUGAAUAAGUAAAAUUUAAAAUGUAUUUUUAAAGGUUUUUGCAUAAAAA